UCGUGUUCCUGUGUCGGCUCUUUUCUCUAGCUUGAUUGUCACCAUUGUGUGACGAUGAUAGCAAGAUAUAUUUACACUCUGAGGAUUGAAACGAGUCUGUGUCGCGGUGCUGGAGAUUUUGCAAGUGAUUAGCUAUGUCUGGAAUGGGAGAUGGUUACGUUGGCACGGCGCAAGAUGCAGCCAGAAUUCGGCGGCUGGAGAAGCAGCGGGAAGCCGAGCGCAAGCGUAUUGAGGACCUUAAGAAGAAGUCCGCGGAAGGGCAGGGAGGUCUUCUUCAGUUUGGUUCUGGUACCUCAGAGUUGUUGGAGAGUGCAUUCAAGAAAGAAACAGUCGGACUUGUGACUCGUGAACAGUUUGUGGAGAAGCGAGUCAAUUUGCGAUCAAAACUUGAAGAGGAAGAGAAGGAAAAGCAGCAAAAGCUUGCUCUAGAGGAGGAGCAACGACAUGUUCAGAAACGGAAGAAACGAAGGGUUAAAGGUCCUUCUCGUCUUUCUUUUGCUGAUGAAAUCGAUGGAGAUACAGAUGAAGAGAAUGAAGCGGCUGGGAAACAAACGUUAGAGCCUAUCAAACAACAAAAGCUAGGAAAGUUCGGUAAAAAUCCAGGCGUUGAGACAAGCUUCUUACCUGACAGAGAGCGAGAGGCUGAGGAACAAGCCGAGAGAGAGCGUCUACGAACCCAGUGGCUUCAAGAGCAAUCUCGCGUCAAAAAUGAAGCUUUGGAGAUAACGUACAGUUACUGGGACGGAGCUGGUCAUCGUCGAGUCAUACAGGUUCGCAAAGGUGACUCUAUAGCCGAGUUUUUGCGUGCAGUUCAACAGCAGCUGGCCUCAGAGUUUCGAGAGAUACGCACAGCUUCUGUUGAGAAUCUUCUCUAUGUGAAGGAAGAUCUGAUCAUUCCUCACCAGCAUAGCUUUUAUGAACUCAUCAUCAACAAGGCAAGGGGCAAGAGUGGGCCGCUUUUUCAUUUUGAUGUGCACGAGGAUAUUCGAACAAUAGCAGAUGCUACGAUCGAAAAGGAUGAGUCGCACGCUGGAAAAGUUGUUGAGCGUCACUGGUAUGAGAAAAAUAAGCAUAUUUUUCCAGCUUCGAGAUGGGAGAUUUAUGACCCCACCAAAAGAUGGGAGCGGUAUACUAUUCACGGUGACUAAGUGGAGAUAAGUUGUAUGAGUUUGUGGGUGUGGAGUAAUCACCUAUUUUGAUAGGAUAUUGAUCGGUGUAGUAUCGAUUCAGUUUCAUUGCUCCUAGUAGUAGAUUCUGUAGCUCCACUGAAUAUUCUGAACUUAGAAGUAUGAGAAGCUAAAUUUUGGUUUUCCUUUCGGAAUGCAACAGGGAAAAAUAUUAGUUCUGAAAGUUCCGAAUAGCCCAGUGUUGGUCACGAACUCCUUGGGUUGAUGGUUUUCCAUAACAUGUUUUAACGUGAGUCGUAGAACCAAACUUAUUAAAACUAAUUAUUUUGAAAA